UCCCAAAAAAACAUGUUUAUGAAUGAGAAUUUCCCUAAACAAGUUCAAGAUCAGCUUCAUCUCCCCACAUUUUGUCUCCUCUACCUCCUGGCAUUCCAUAGCUUCCUGUUUUCAUCUGCUUAUCACCAGGAAAAAACUCUCAGUUCUCUCACAUUCACUUCGCCGUUGUCUUCAGUUAUUUGAUCUAGCGGCAAGGAUGGUUGUCAAGUUUGAGGUGGAUUUAAAUGAGCCUCUGGUCUCCCAGGUUGGCCAUCUUGGAGAAGCUUAUGAUGAAUGGGUUCACCAGGCUAUUGUCAGCAAGGAGGGCCCUCGCUUUUUCGCGAAUGACUAUCUGGAGUUUUUAACUCGCACAAAGUGGUGGGUGAUUCCGUUGGUUUGGCUACCAGUUGCAUGCUGGCUUGUUUCCGUGUCUAUGCAGAGGGACCUUUCCCCUGCUCAAGCAGCAACAGUACUAGUCUCCGGUGUCUUCCUCUGGUCACUGAUGGAGUACAGUUUGCACAGAUUUCUUUUUCAUAUGAAAACACAAAGUUACUGGGCAAACACCAUGCAUUAUCUUCUUCAUGGUUGCCACCAUAAACACCCCAUGGAUGCACUGCGACUUGUCUUUCCUCCAGCUGGAGCAGCAAUUCUUUGCGUACCAAUUUGGAACAUAAUUAGGGUUUUUUCUACUCCAUCUGUUGCACCCGCUUUAUUUGGUGGUGUAUUGCUGGGAUACGUAAUGUAUGAUACUACUCAUUAUUAUUUGCACCAUGGACAGCCAGGCACAGGAGUUCCUAAAAAGCUUAAGAAAUACCACUUAAAUCAUCAUUUCCGAGCUCAAACGAAGGGGUUUGGAAUCACCUCCUCCUUAUGGGACCAUGUGUUUGGAACAUAUCCCCAACCCAAAGUCGUAUCUUGACAAUGGUAUUCAACACUUCUGCUGAUGCAUACAGAUUGUUGUAAAGCCUGUGAAACUACGGAGAUAAUUUCAAAGCAGGGGCCUGGAAUGCAGAGUUUCUUAUUCACCAUUUUAUUAAUCUUUGAAGUAGUGUGAUAUCUAAUUACUUUUCUGGAUGCCUAUAUUAUGUAAAAUAGUGUAUUAUGUGAAUUUAUGCUAAUAUGUCAUGAUGAAAGAUUAAAUGAAUUUAUGCUAAGUGUGUAUUUAACAAGCAAAACAAUUCCUCCGUAUUUAUUAUGUCUUUAUUGA